ACGGUCCGUCUCCAUAUGGAGGAAAACGUGUUCCGAGCUCCAUAAAAGUCUCCAACACAACGCAGACACUUCGGAUCGGACCGUGGCAGCCCUGCACCGCCUCCCUGCAUCUGUGUUUCCUCCGAGCAUGGCAUCUCAGUGGAAGUAGCCUUCCGGAGCUGAGGAUGUCUUUCUACUUCCCCCCAGGUUACAGCCUAACCCCCCUCCAUGCCUGAAGGCACAGUGGCAGUGAAACACUCGGCUCUUUGCAAAGGUUAAGUAUGACUGCAGCAGCAGGUGUGCUGACAGGCUUGGCAAAGCUCAAACGCCAAGACUCCGCCCGCUCCCACAACCGGACCUUAUCUACAGCGGCUGGCGUGGGAAACUCCGGCCCAGAACCUGCUCCAAGAAAGCGAAAACGACGCACCGAUGUUGUGAUAGUGCGCGGUAGGCUGCGCCUCUACUCCGCCUCCGGGUUCUUCCUCUUCCUGGGAUUGGUCAUCUUGGCCGUAGGGAUCGGCAUGGCGACCCUGGGUUACUGGCCGCACAGCGAAAGCACGACCUCGGCCAGAUCGUCGGCUGGAAGAGGAUCUAAGACAGCAACAUCUGGAGGAGCUAAAACAUCUGUAACAGGUGAAGGAAAUGGAGCCGAGAUGGCCGUCACGGACGAGGGCGUGGCUAACUCUAGCACGGGUCAGGAUGUGCAAGGUUCGCCCUCCAGGCAGACGGGCGGCGCUCUGUCACGGUUCCUGGAACAGCAUCUUCACUCUGAGAGGAUGAAGAUGUUCGGGCCCUUCACCAUGGGCAUUGGGAUCUUCAUCUUCAUCUGUGCUAACGCCAUUCUCCAUGAAAACAGAGACCGAGAAACUAAGAUUAUCCACAUGCGAGACAUGUACUCCACCGUCAUUGACAUCCAUCGCCUCAGGCAGAGGGAGCAAAAGCAGCUACAUAACCGCGACAGCACCUAUGCAAGAGAAGUUGGGGAUCUUCGAGCCUUUGGGGCGGAUAACGCAGCGCGGUUGGCCGGCAACUCCCUCCUGGCGUUCUCCUCUCGGGCCGGAGGCGGCGCUGGAGGGGAAGGGUCUGCAGAGGAGGAGGAGGUGCUGUUGGGGGACGAAGAGUUUCGCAGACAUGGAGGUCAGGCUAAACUGGAUUGUAGUUUUGCGGGGCUGCUGGCGCCUCUUUACAAGGAUCACCCCUUCAGGCUGGGUCGCUCCGACUCGGUUCGCCACCAGUGGUCGGUGGACGGAGACGGGGAGAAGGGAGGACACCAUGCACGCUCUAUCGUCUCCUCCUCGAUCUCCGCGUUCACUCUGCCUGUUAUAAAACUCAACAACUGUGUUAUCGACGAACCGGAGAUGGAGGCGAUCACCGAGGAGGAGAGGGGAGGAGAGAGGAGAGGCGGGGAGAGGUCGCAGCCUCUGAGCUCCAUGGAGUCUCUGGUGGUUCCUGUAGCAUCUGUUGCCAAGGCCUCCAAGCCGCCUGGUUUACACCGGAGUAACUCCGCCUCCUCCUCCUCCUCCCACUGCUCCUCCGUCUCCUCCUGCUCCCUCUCCCCUGCUCCCUCCUCUACCUCAGGCUGCUGGCUCUCCCCGGGAGCAGCAAGGAGUGACUUUGGCUCCAACUCCUCCCUGCACAUGCUCGGCAGCCACUCCAAAUCUCUGGACCUGGAGCGCAGGCCGAGCAUGCUCAGCGUGCACCCGGAGCAGAGGAAGCACCCGAGCUGGCCCCGCCUGGACCGUAGCAACAGUAGCCGUAGUAACAUUGGCAACCGGUGCAACAGCAGCAGCAGCAGCAAAGGCUACACGCGGCUGGAGGACAGGGAGGAGCAAGGGGAGCGGCUGUUGGAUGCGUCGGCAUCUGCGAUGGCGAGACGUGAAUACAGCAGGCGGGAGAAGCUGCUGAUGAUAUCGAGGUCGCAUAACAAUCUGAGUUUCGAGCACGACGAGUUUAACAGCAGCACACUGAAGAGGGGCAGCUCGGAGACUCGAUUCUGAAGAGACGCUGGAUUUAAGGUCAAAGACGACGCUGUCCUGUUCUGUAAAUUGCUCUCCAGACUGUGCGAGUGUACAGUUCGUUUUACGUGGAGGAAACGGAUGAGCGAGAAAACUCUAACGUGGUUUCAAAGACACUUUUUGUUAGAGGCAAGUAGUGAGGAGUAGUAAGUUAUGGACCAUGUUGCACAGUGGAGGGUUCAGGCCUCAUGUCAGCACAGAGCUGAAAGCCUACUGUAGGUCCAGAGAUGCUGUAUCUGACCCUGACCUGUGACUUCUGUGGAGGCAGCUACAGGGAUCAAUAAAAAUAAAUCACAUUACAACACGAAUCUACUUGCAGAAGGAUGUUCAGUCUUUUAAAAAAGUGUUUCAAGGUUUCGCUUCCAGCUGCUGCUGUUGAAUUCAAGGACACACUUGAAGCCCUUUGAGCAAGUU